AUGAACGCAGGAGGAGUUUCGAUCCCGGUAACCGAUUUCCUCCCUGUGCUUCCAAUUAACAUGAUCCACCGCCUCGCUUCCCAUCUGUACAUUACACGUAUACAUCUCCACUUUUUUCCUUCCUUUCUCUUUAAUCCAUCGUCUGCAACUCACAACCAUUCUCCAGGCAUCAACCCUCUUUCGCCUCUGUAUCUCCAAGGUUCCUUCCCAGUCGUCAUCGCUAUGACUUCCAGUCGCAAUGGUGGUUGCAGGUAUGAUAUGCAAGAGGUAAGUUUUUUAUUUAUUGGAGAAGAGCAUGUCAAAAGAAUAGAGGCUGGAUACAGCAUCAUUGGAUUUGUUCAUGAGUUUAGAACUCCACCCAAAUAUCUUCUUGGACAACAUCCAUAUUGUACUGUUCAUUUUGAUGCUUUCCAUGUUGUUCUUAAUUAUACCACUGUCUACAUCAGCUUACUAAAAGGUGGUGUUCAUACCAUGAAGAAACCAAGAUUUAAAGAUCCACAAGCUAAUUACAAGUUGGAGAUGAUAAACAGUAUAAGACCAAAGAGAUCAGGUUCGUAUUCAGAUUCAGACCAAGUGAAGCUGAGAGACCAGUUGAGGCCUUAA